UUAUCGGAACCUUUAUUCCAACCCCUUUAGAAUUUUAAGAAAUAACCCGAAGUUUAGUUAGUAUUCCUAAUGUCCUAACUUCCAAAAUGAAAGUGAUCUCAAACUUCCAAAACGCACCGUUUAACGCUUUCAAAAACCCUAAUGUCCUAACGCAGCCUUUUUAUAUAUAAUCCUCUUAACGCCGCGCAUUUUUGCUUCGCUAGGGUUUUUGCUUUAAGGUAAGAGUCGAUUGUUUCUUCGAAAACCAUAAACGGAACCAAAUAUGGCGGAGAAAGCAAUCGAGUCGGUUCAAUGCUUCGGCCGGAAGAAGACGGCGGUAGCCGUAACGCACUGCAAGAGGGGCCGUGGUUUGAUCAAGAUCAAUGGUUGUCCCAUUGAGCUUGUCGAGCCCGAGAUCCUCCGUUUUAAGGCCGUCGAGCCAAUCCUUCUCCUCGGCCGUCAGCGUUUCGCCGGCGUUGACAUGAGGAUCCGAGUCAAAGGUGGAGGUCACACUUCUCAGAUCUACGCUAUCCGUCAAAGCAUCGCUAAAGCCCUUGUCGCUUUUUACCAGAAGUUCGUUGAUGAGCAGAGCAAGAAGGAGAUUAAGGAUAUUUUGGUCGGGUACGAUAGGACUUUGCUGGUCGCUGAUCCCAGGAGGUGCGAGCCUAAGAAGUUUGGUGGAAGAGGUGCCAGGGCAAGGUUCCAGAAGAGUUACCGUUGAAGAACUGUCAUGGUUCGUUUUGAUGUUGUUCUUAGUGAAAUGAUAUGGUUAUGCUUGUUUUGAAUUAAGGUUUUAUUAUAUGGAUUUAAAUUAGCUGCGACUGAGUUUCUGAAUUUUUGGAUGUUUGUUUUGGUUGCUUAAAUUUAUAGAUAAAUGUUUAAGACUGUUAUUGCCUUUUUAUAUUUAAUCUUGUUUUUUCAAGUUUUA